AGACCAUCCAAAUGAUGCCAAUAGAAAAAUUACGCGUAUUUGUACCGCAUUUAUUCUGUCGAAAACGGAAAUUAUCACGAAUGCCCAUUGUGUGUAUGAGGCCCCAUAUGUUUAUGUGGUAGCUGAUACGAAAGUUGUAUCAGAUGUAAACCAGAAAAUUAAAAUCAAAGUCGAAAAAGAGAACAUUGCAUGGCACCCUCAUUAUAGUCAUUUGAUUUUUGGGGCAUUUGAUAUUGCCAAAAUUACACUGAAAACGCCGUUAGAAUUCAGCGAUACCGUUGGUAGUAUCGAACUCGUGAAUAAGGAUUACAAAUUGAAUAACCAAUCAGAAGUGGUCACUGCCUAUGGAUAUGGCGUGUUGAAGAACACCGGACCAUCGAUAUUGAGGCGUUGCGAUGCGAACUAUAUGUCUGAUGUCGAACGAGCCAACACAGUUAAGUCAAGUCAGACUUUGUGCUUUACAACUGGUGAAGCUACGAAUGAUGGCAAAAUUAUUACACACGGCGAUUCGGGUGGACCAGUCAUUUCAAAAUCAAAUGGCAAAAUAGUGGGCAUAACAAUGGGUAUAAAUAGAACAACAGGUGGCCGCGGAUCGUUCCUUCCAAUUACUCUAUUCCUUGAUUUUAUUCAUGACCCAAAGAGCGUGAAACCAAUUCCACCUCCGCUUACACCUAACGAAGCUAAAUUUAUAGUCGAUAUAUUGGCACCGGCAAAAUUUCUUACUGCUUACAAAAAAGAUUUUGCCGAUGCUAACGAAAAUGCUCAACUAGAAUUUAAUGCAAUCAUUUUGUCGAAAACGGAGAUUUUGACCUGUGCGCAUAGUGUGCUCGGCGCCCCAUAUGUCUACGUAACUGUUAAUAAACUAUCAAGAAAUACGACAGAAAUUAAAGUCACUGAAGACCAGAUAGAAAUUCAUGAGAAAUACGCAUUGUCGGGAUUCGCAUUUGACGUUGCCAAGAUUACACUUGAAGAACC